GGAACUCUCACGAGUUUGGUUGUUUCUCAUCGACCGCAUAUGUAGAGGGACAUAUUACACCGGCGUGCAUUCAAGAAAGACACUUUAAUGAGGGCCAGCCCCGUGAACCUAUUGAUUAGCCCUUAUGUUUGUUAUACCGUGUCCGUCCUGACCAUUGACUGUGUGGCGUCUGGACAUAAUGGCAGGACGAGUGUUAACGCGUUAUGUGGGCAAGACUUUACUGUCAGCGCCUGGAGCAAAAGGCAUCGGAGUUAGAGGAACAGCCCGGCUUUACUGGACGGCCACUGCUCGGACUAGUGGAAGAGCUGCAUUCAUCCUGGGGCUCCCUACACUGUCCUGCCUGGGUUAUGAAGUUUACCACAGAUUACAAAGUUCAGCUGUGGUCCACGCUUUACAAAAAGAGGAGGUUUUGGAGCAGGCAGACUACCUGUACAGCUGUGCAGAGACGGAGAAACUCUACCAGAUGCUGCUGCAGUUCAGGAACAGCAAUGACGCAGACUUCCUGUGGCGUCUGGCCCGGGCGUCUCGAGACCUGUCGCUGCUGCCUAACACGGAGGCUUGGCAAAAGAAGCAGCUGACAUUCGAGGCCUUCGAAUAUGCAAAGAAGGCACUGGAGAAAGAUGACAAGUGUUUUGCAGCACACAAAUGGUACGCUGUGUGUCUCAGCGACAUUGGCGAUUACGAGGGAAUCAAGGUGAAAAUUGGGAAUUCAUACAUCAUCAGGGAACAUCUGGAGAGAGCCAUCAAGCUCAAUCCCAAAGAUGCCACUUCCUUACACAUUCUGGGUUACUGGUGCUUUGCUUUUGCUGAGCUGCCCUGGUAUCAACGCAAAGUGGCGGCUGUCAUUUUUGCAUCCCCACCUGUGUCCACAUAUGAGGAGGCUUUGGAAUUCUUCCUGAAAGCUGAGGAAGUUGAUCCAAAUUUCUACAGUAAAAACCUGCUAAUGCUCGGGAAGGCCUACAUGGCCAUGAAAGACAAACAGAAAGCUCUGUACUGGUUAAACAAAGCUAAAGAGUGUCCUGCUCACACGCUGGAAGACAAGGAGGUGCAUAAAGAAGUGUUGGAACUCCUGAAGAAGCUGGGAUGAAUCUGAUGCCCCUGAGCUUUUGGACAGUUUUUAGUUGCUAACAAUGUUUUCUUAUUAUGAUAAUACAGUAGAACUAUGAGUAGCCUUGCACACAGGAAUCACCUGUGCACUGUAGAGAUAAAGUGCAUCCUGCAACUUUUGAUAUUGCAGUAAUAAACAGGAUUUAGAUGAUCACUUAAUGCACAUCAGGCCUAAAUUCCUCUUAAGCUGUGUUUAAGGGGAAAUGUUGCAUAUUGUAACGAACAUUUCAGAUCAUAAGUUGACUGCAUUGUGUUAUUACUAAAGGACAAUUUAGAACGCAAAGCGGUGUGGUCAGUCAAACACAUUCCUUGUGACUCUAGUCCUUUGUCGACAACAGUGAUCUGUUGUCUCCAAAAAAGUAUUAGCAUCAGAUUUUAUGGCUAUCAAAUGUAAUCACAGCUCUUAUUGGGUUUACAGUCAUGCACCAAUUGUCCCAAAAUGAAUUCAUAGCACCUGUAAAGAUGGUCAGAUACAUUUAUUAAAUGCUUUUUUUUCUACAGGUAAGAUCCAAACAAAAUGAAGAUAAAGCCAGAGACACUGAUUUUCCUUAAUCAAACAAAAUAAACAUUGCCAGUGGUUUUGCUGUGAACCCUGAGCUAAAAGGUGUGUAAUCCCUCUGAUAAUCACACAACAAAAAGCAAGCAAGCAUGGUCAUUGAGGGGGUUUAAUCAUUUAUUUUUCUCUUAAAUCCAUCUCUCUUCUUUUAGUGAAAGAUUAAAAAUGAAUCUUCUAUACACGUACUCUCCAGUAAAGGGGCAUUCUGUACAGCACAGGUGUUUAUAGUAUGCAUCUAUAUGCGAUAUGUUACAGUUAGGACAUGUUUCAGAUUGCCUGCACAGGUGUAACCUUCCUGCUUCAUGACUGCACACUGAAGUGAGCCACAGUGUGCAAAAAUCAGCUUUACUCUGACAGAAUACAACAAAGGCGACCUGAAACACCCAAUCAGCUUUUGUUAAGAACCAAGGCAUCACAGAUUUCCAUUAACAGAGCAGCGGCUCUGUGUAAUUAAUUAUAAUAUUUCAGUACUUCAUUUACGCUCAUCUUUAUACAAUGAAUAUUCAUGUACACAGUUGAUUUUCUUUGAUUAUAGGUUUCUGUUCAAAAGGAAGCACAAAGUUCUGCAGUUCUCUUGAUUCGGCUCCUUUUGCUACAAUAAAGGUUUGUCUUCGUGUUGUCGUUCCUCCCUGCAUCUCAGCUGAGUCCUGCUAAAUGCAUCACUGAUGACUACUCACAAGCUCCUCCUAGAAAAGGUCUAACAGCUUUUUGCUGUUUGCAGUGGUCUGGAAAAAAAAACAAUGUUGGAGGAAACAAGGAUUUGCAUUUAGACCACAGGCUGAAAGAAUGGCCUCAGAAGUGACAUUUAAAAAAAAAAAAACAAAAGCAGCAGCUGAGAAAAGAAUUAGCAAGGGGAAAGGGGGAUGCACAAAUCAAAAACAGCAAUGUGAUGUGUCGUCAGAUCUGCUGCUGCCAGUCUUCAAACAGACUGCUGAGGACAUAUGGCCUGUGGCAUGUUAGUUUCUCUUUAAUGGAGUCUGACAACUGUUACUUUAACGUGAAUCAGAUUUAUUUCUGCAAAUAGCCUCAACUUUACUGAUUUCUACAAACUCAAAGUCUGAGACAGACAGAGACUGGACAUAGGCUGGAUAACUGAGCCCGUAUCUUAAGCAAAGGGCUCAGCACUAUGGCUUGAAGAUCAUGUUUGUGUAGCUGAAGUGCAGCCAAACAGCAGGCGCACACUGUUAUGACAGAAUCAUGUUCUAACAAUACUGUAGUGUAGCUAUGAGUGUUAUUCCCCAGAUUAAUACUUUUAAGUGUUUAAGCCUUUCAUUUUUCCUGGCCAGUUUUUACUGCAUGCAGUAUUGGUAUACAUCUGUAUAUGUUGUUUUCAAGUACUUUGAUACCUUUUUUUAAUGCAGCAUUUAGUCCAUGGAACUUUCAGAACAUUUCCUGCCAUUUUGGGAAAUAUGCCAGAGAGCCACAUACAACACUGGCUUACUGUUUACCAUUACCAACCAUUAGUUAAUAGAUGGCAACAGUUGAGCUCCAUUCACAACAGUUGAAUGUAUGGACGUGAUGUUCCUUGGACCUGAUGGCCAAAAAUGAAUUUUUUUCAGUUGUCAAUGAGCUGUGUUUGAUAUUCAUGGGUCAAAUGUCUGUCGGUAUAUUUGUCUAUAACUGAGGAGUUAAAGUAAAUGUGUUUUGCAAGUUAUGAAAUAAGCACCAUCAUGUCUGGUGCUCUAUAAACCAUAGUUUACAGUUCCUUUCAAAGACACAAAAGAGAAUCAGCCCAGCAACAACAGAGCAACUGACUCUGGUUUUUGUCCUUGGAGGCUACUGUAGGUGUCCUGGAGCACAUCCAGUAUCUCUGCCAUAGACCUCAGGAUGGUGAGCCACAGACUCCACCGUCCUCACAAUCACACAAAUAUAUUUUUCUUGAGUCCCCAUUUUCAUUGUGAUAUAAUCCUUUUUCCUAACUCAUGUCUGUGUCCAAACGAGAGGAUCUGAUGAUGCUUCUUUCUCUGGGCUGGUGUCCACACACAUCGUCUGCUGCAGAACUGUCCAUUGUGACCACUGUGCCUUUUUGUAAUGGUAACAACCAGCUCAUCUAGACACAGAACGAUCCAAUCCUUGAGUGUGUGAGUUUAGUAGUCACAGCUCAUCUUCAGAAGCAGCCAUGCAAGCAGCAAAAAUUGCAACAGAAAAACACAAUUCAGGCACAAAACCCCAAUACUCUCUUGCCUUUUAAAACUCUAUAGAACUAGAGCUUUAAAAGAAGAUUGCGCUUCAACUAUAAAAUCCUCUCAACAACUCUAAGUCUCUUUUAAAAAGACAGUCAGCCACUGGGAGGAAAUUUUUAAAAAGUGUCCAUGAUUUCUGUUUUUAAACAGAGCAAAAAGGCUGAAAUGCUUGCAUAUUUCAUGAUGGGGUAUCAUAAAUAUGGAAGGGCUGGAGAACAGGAUUGCGGCAAAAAAAAAAAAAAAUCAUGGUGCAAAUUAGGAUUUGGUUUAAAA